UCCAAACGGGAGUGCUCCGAUAAUGACGAAUGAAAGUACAAACCUUUACAGAACAGAUGCAAAAACGAAAAUAGGAAUUUCCAAAGCAAUUACACUGAACAUCAACAAGUAUGAACAUUUUUAAAGGCAUACCAAAGUAGAAGAGGAAAGGAAAACAAUAUGGGUUGAAAACAAGAGUUGGUUUUAAUAGUUUUAAAGAUUUAUUUCAGAUAGACAUGAUUUAGCUUGACAUUUGACAUCAGUGUAGCUACAGUGCUUGUAGAUGACAGCUGUGUAGCCAGUAACAGAGACCAGUGAACAUAGAUCAAAGAUAAAAGUUAAGAAAAUAUAUCUACUUGAGGAAUCACCAUGAGUCUGUCAGUAGAAGAGUCAAACUUCCUAAGAUUUUACUACCUGAAUUUGAAGGUUGCAUCAAAGGCUGUUAGGGUAUAUUUUGAUUCUGUCCAUCCACCAGCUGGACUUGCCAAUGAACUUGCAAACAUUUCAGCAACCUUGAAAAGGCAUCGAUUUAUAACAACAAUACAAUUGCAGACACUAUAUCCAAGUUCUGCAAGUAAUGUUAGAUCAGAAGACUUUGAUACCACUCUGAUAGUUUACCUUUUACGGAACAUGAUACCACGUGAAAGUGCCCCUGUGACAGGUUGGGAUAUCUUACCACAGUCAGGUGAUACAAGUUCUGGUGAAGACCUUGCCCGAGUAAAAUGGUACAGAAACAAGUUGGCUCAUCAUGGAGAUGGGAAAUUGUCCACUACAGAUUUCAGUCAGUAUUGGGAAGAUUUAGAAUGUGCCAUUAGACGUCUAGGUGGACCAUCACUAUUGAGGGAAGCACAGUCUGCACAACUCAUUGUCUUGGACAAAUCACUUAUAGAUAUUCUAAACUUGCUUCACAACCAUCAGAUGUCACAAGAGGGGCACACUGGCAUGAUCAAUAAUCUCCAAUCAGUAAUUGACAACGAAACGACUAUUAGAAAAAAGCAUGAAAUUAAAAUUCAGCAACUUAACGAAUCUCUUCAGAGAGGAAAAGUUGGUGCACAAAAACUUGCUUCUGAGUUUUGUGAUAUCCAAGGAUCAGUAGAGAUAUAUACAGAGAAGAUAGAAGCCUGUAGGAAAAAGAUUGAGAAACUGGAAUUUACUUAAAAAGCGAAUCAAGAAAAAGAUAUCGACACACAAGAAAGUCUAGAUGACUUGACACUGCAGUUAUUAAGUUUAGAAUGCAAAUAUGACAUCAAAUUUAAGGAAAUUGAUGAACGGUUAACAAAACAGGAUGGACAGAUGGAAAAACUCGAUGGACAGUUGACAAAGCAAGAUGAACAGAUGACAAAGCAAGAUGAACAGAUGGCAGAGCAAGCUGAACAGAUGACAAAGCAAGAUGAACAGAUGGCAGAGCAAGCUGAACAGAUGGCAGAGCAAGCUGAACAGAUUGCAAAGCAAGAUGAAAGGAUGGCAACAUGUGUAAAAGACAUUGAUGAUAUGAAGAAGAAAUCAUAUGAUACUGAUGAUUCCCAAGCAGAAAGAAAACGUAAAAGACUUUAUGAUGACACUAGAACCCUUAUUGAGGAAGAUUUAAGAGAGGAUACUUUUGUUAUUACAAAAGCAAUAACAGAUGGCUUAUUACUGCUUGAACAAAAUGGAGUCUUGUUGAUAACUGGAUAUGCAGGGACGGGAAAAAGUCGGAUUGGUCGCCAUGUUCUACAUAUGUAUUGUACUGAUGAUACAUCAUACAAAUGUAUCAAACUAAAUACAUUGGAUGAGUGGGAAGAUAUGGUCAGUAGAGAAGAUAAUGUGGUUGUUUUACUUGACGAUAUUUUUGGUGAAACAAAUUGUAUAUAUAAAAGAGAGAAAGAUAUACCAAUUCUAGACAAGGUUUAUGCAUAUGUGUGUAAAGGUAACAUAAAAGUCAUUAUAACAAUCAGAGAUACUGUUAAACGUCAAUGUCGGGAGGUGUUUGAUAAUCAUAGGUUAUUUAAGUUUGAUUUUAUUGAUUUAGGUUCAGACAAGUACGAGCUAAGCCAGAAAGAGAAACACGCUAUUCUCACAAAAUACAUGAAAGCAGUCAAACAAUCAGAGUAUGCAGACGAUACUGGAUUUAUUAACUAUAAUGGUGUUACAAUUCUUAGAAGAGAUGAAGCCUGUAAAAUAGUUUCAGAGAAUCCAGUCAAAGUGUUUCCAUUAGCAAUUUAUCAAUUUGUUCAUAAUGCAAAAUAUUUUCAGCUUGGAAUCAAAUUUUUUGACAGACCAACAGAAGCUAUGUUAGAAGAAAUGAAUAAAAUAAGACGCAAAGGCGAAGAUCAUUUGAAAUUUAUGAUUCAGUAUGCAGUUAUGGUGUAUACAUCAAUAAAAGAAAACUAUAUUAAUCCUGAAGAUAGCUGGCAUAAGAAUGCAAUUGAAAAAAUAAUUGAGGCAAUCUAUGGAAAAACCAUCAAACUGAAGACAUGCCACAUAUCAGAUGCAGUAACUGAACUAAAAGGAAGUUAUUUAGUAACUAAGCCAAAUGAAAGGUCGUACAUAUUUCACCAUCCAACACUACAGGAAAGUGUUAUUUUAUCUUUUGCUCAAAUUGAUGAGAAACAUUUUAAAAAUAUUAUACCGUUACUUAGCUGGUCAUUUUUCCUGAAAAUGGUAAAAUCAGAUGAAUACAUAGAAAAAGAGGGAGAAGUUAUAUUGAAAAUUCCACCUAACAGUUAUAAACUAUUAGCUUAUCGAUUAAAGGAUAUAUAUUUUUCAAAAAUGAGGAAUUCACCAAGCAUGCUAAGUAAUGUAUAUUGUUUUCUAGCUGAAGUAAUUGAUACAGAAGUAUUCCAACAAAAAUCGUAUCUCCUAUUAACUUAUUUACUAGAAGCUUUUGAAAAGAAGAAAGACGAACGUAUCAAUCAGUUAUUCAAAUCACUUGAAUGUUCCAUGAAAUCAAUGUUAUGUAAAUUAGAUAGUUGUGAUGAACAUAUGAAGAGCAUGUCCGUUUUCCUUGCUAAUUUUCUUGUGUCAAUUGCCAACACAAAAGAGCAGUUUAAGGUGUAUAACUUUAUUUUAGAGAAAUGUAAUCAAAUAAUCAAAACAAGCAAUAAUUAUUUCACAAAUAGUGAUAUGAAAGCUGCAUUGAUCACAUCUUUAUAUGAGAUAUGUUCAACUAAAGAUGUUGGAUGUGUAAAAGCAACGUUAAAUUUAGUAAAGGAAGAAAAAAUAACUGUUUUACUUGAUCAAGGCAUUAAUCUUACUAUACCAGAAUUAGAACCUAAUUAUAGCUUUACCGUUGGAUAUAGUUAUAAUGACCACCGUUGUGUUUUUCUUGUGUUUUGCAUAUGGAAAGCAUAUGAGGCAUUUAACGAACCUGUGUUGGAAUACUUACUUUCAAUGUACAAUAAGAUUUCAUUUGAUGUUAACUUGCUUUUAAAGACAUUUUAUAGGACGGACUGGUUAGUAGGAUUAACAUUUUUAUCUUAUAAACCACUGAAAUGGGUGAUAGAAAGAUUUGAAGACCUGGAAUUAGUAAAAACUGACUUUAUCUUAAAAACGGCUUGUCAGUGUCAUUUGUUUGAUACAGUUCAGUAUCUUUCAUCCAGAUGUGAAACAUUUGAUGCCAUUUUUUAUCUAAAAAGAUAUCUGUAUGAAGAUGGUGAAGAGGAUAAGCAGGAAUUUAUUUCGAGGUUUGAUUUCGAUAAAGACUUGUUUAAUUUUCUUUUUUCAAAAAUUGACAUCACCUCCCCCGAAAUGAAUGAUAUCGUGAGUUCAGUUUUUCAUAAACCCAAUGUUCCUGAUUAUGUGUGUGACGCUGUACUUCCAUUUUGUAUAAAUAAUGAAGCGAUAUUGACUCUUGCUUGCAGAGAAGCGCAUAUUUAUAUUACAAAACUAAUUUUGGAUAAUAGCCACAACAUUACCAUUCAGUCAGCACUUACUUCAGCAUGUUUGGAAAAAGAAACAAACGUUUGGGGGUUACCGGACUCGCAUGUUGAUGUCAUAAAGUUGGAAAUAGUUAAGUUUAUAAUUGGAAAAUAUGGAUAUAAACAAUUUGAUUUAAAAGUUGUAUGUCAACAGGCAUAUCAGAAGAGAAAAUACAUAAUUAUAGAAUGGUUUGCUUUGAACUUUGAUAUAACUCUGUUGGAUGUGCAUUGCAUUAUCAAUUUUGCUUUAGUGUGUGAAAAAUCAGAAAUAUUGCAAGACAUAAUUAAUACGAUUAACAUAACAAGAUUAGAUAAAUUAGAAGUUUUAAGAUCUGUAACUGAACACUUUACUGCUGGAUGUUCUGCUAAAAUAUUGCAAAUAGUAAGCUUCAUUUGGGAUAGUACAGAAGAUAAGGAAGAAUUAAAAAUGGAGGAAAUAGUAGAUAUGGCAUAUGAAAAAAGAAGUUAUGAGUUAAUAAUAUGGAUUCACGAAAACUGCAAAUCACAUUUUUCUAUUGAUGCAAAGAAAGUUUUUAUGUCAGCAUGUGAAUAUGGCAGGAUUGAUGUAGCAAAGUGGAUACUUCAUUCUUUUGAACAAACAUCUCUGGAUAUUGAUGAAAGGGAAUUAUUAAUGUUAGCAUGUGGUAAAAUGUCAAAUUUUGAAUAUCAAGUUAGAAAGAUAACCAUGGUAAAAUGGGUUAUUAUAACUUUUCAAAUAAAACCUUUACAUUUAAAAUUAGGUAUAUUAAAAUUAACAAGUAACAACAAAAUGCGUAUGUGGCCAAUAAAAGAUAAGUUUUUUGAAUUGCUUGUUUCUACACUGAAACAUUACUUCAAUUUUCUAAGUACAGAAGAUAAAGUAGAAAUUAUGAACAAAUGUCUUGAACAGAAAUAUUAUGAUGUUGUGAAUUGGCUUUUUGAAAAUGAAAGCUUCUGUUCAUUUGAUAAGCAAUUAAUUUUAAACAACGCAUGUAAAGAUGAUCAGAUUGAAACUAUUAAGAUGUUGAAUAAAUAUUUCCAUUCAUUAGACAUGAAUGAAGCAGUAAUUAAUGCAUGCACUGGAUAUGAUCUUGACAUAUCUGUUGGUGAGUAUCUGUUGAUAGAAAUUGAUCAUGAUUCCUUAGAUAUAAGUAGAAUAGUGACUACAGUAUGUAAGAACUAUGUUAGUGAUAAUGUUUUGAAAUUCCUUCUUAUUAAAUUUUCAGAUGAUCAAAAUAUCAUAAAUAAAGUUUUAAUUUCCUGCUGUCAACAAGGAAAGUUUAAUCUUUUGAAGCAUAUAUUUCUUACAAUACAUAAUGAUCAGCUUGACAUAUUAACAGCUUUCCUUGAGGCAUGUUUACAUCCACAUCAAAUUAUAUGCAAUUCAGAGAAAAGCAUCUGCGUAAUAGAUUUUUUGUUUGAAAAAUUACAAGAUAAAUCAUAUAAUGCAUCUGAAGUUCUAAGUGGAUUAUUAGACAUGAAGAGUUAUAACGUAAUACUAUACUUUCUUGAGCAAGGAUAUUGCGGGAACUUUGACAAGAAGAAUCUUAUGAUUGAAGCAUGUAGACAUGGACAUGUGAAACUAGUGCAGUGGAUAUUUGAAAAUGUUGACCAUAAAGAACUGGACAUUAAAUCUGCAUUUCUUGAGGCCUGUAUUCCUACAAAUAUGGUUACGGAAUUGCAGUUGCAUUGUGUAGCUUUAAUGUGGCACUAUAUACAGGAUAUAAACAUGUUUGAGGUAGACACUGUAUUAAAAUCCAUUACUGGGGCACCCCCAGACAUUUCGGAUAUAAAUGUGAAGGAAGACCUGAGGAACUGGUUACUAUACAUUAAGAACAUACAUCAGAGAAUGAUGUCUUAAUCGGGAAUGAAGUGGUAAUUUUUAAAGAAGAUGAAAAGUUUUCAGCAACAUUGCAAAAAUUACGUUUGAAAAACAGUAGGAAACAUCUUUCAGUUUUUGAAUGGAAACAAGAGAUGUCGGUAAAUAAACAUAAGAAAUACCUUCCCGUGAAAAGUCGUUAAAACAGAUACGAAAUGUAAAUAAUCUAUAAGUCAUCAUGUGUAAGGCACUAAAAAACCCUUACAGAUUUGAAACAGUUGCAUAACAUGGCAGACAAGUAUACUUUCAAAAAUUAGAGAUUCGUUAUCGCCUGUCAACCGGAACAGACCGCAAAUUUGAAGUUGAAGUCAUUACUAUACAUUUAUAUAUCAACAACCAAAAUUCAUCUCACAUCUGCAGGCAUUAAACAUGUUAAACAAUUAAGUCUUUGUAAAAUGUUUAUAUAAUUUUUUAAGAGAUGAAAUUCCGUAAAAGUAAGUUAACUGGAAUGAAACGUAAACUAGAUCUGCAAGCAAAUAUUUUACACUAAUGAAACAAAUAAAAUAAGUAUCUACUCGCAUGUGAAAUCAGUCAAAGACAAAUAAGCGAAUGACAGACGGACAGACAUGAUAAACAUAUGGUCCGAUCAUAGUGCCAGGGCAUAACUUUUUUUAUGUCUUUUUCAAAAUAACUUUAGCCAGACAUGAACAUCAUAUUGAAAAAAACUUCUUGUCUUAACUUACAUUCCUAUUCAUUUUCGAUAUGUUUGGAGUUCGAUUUUAUUUUGAUUUAUUGUUAAAUGAUGCUGAAACACGUUUUAGUGUUGAUACAUUGUAAUACUUUAUUUAUAUGAACACAUGUCUGUUGAUGAAUAAAAAGAACGAAUUUUAGUUAAUUUUAAGACGUUGGUCAAUUUUAACGAUUGUAUGUUGUAAAGUAAAUCAGUAAAUAAUGAAUGCAUUUUAGGUCUCAUAUUUUUAAAAAUUGUUAAAUUAUGUUUAGAUUCAUGUUUCUGUUGAUAUUUUCUAUUAUUAUCAACAGGGUAUAUUCAAAACUUUGGUAAAAAGUUUAUUAGGAAUUAAUGUACACCCUCACCUACUGUCAAAAUAAAAGCCUUGGUUGUCUCGUUUUAGUCUAUAUGUCAUUUUGUUUUUCUUUGUUGAAAUAUUUGUUUGUUUUUAUAUUGAUUAAGAUUAUAACACAAUGUUGACUGUUGUACCCCUAUUUGGGACAUUUUUACCUAUUAUGUCUGUUUGUUUUUUUUCACAUUUUUGUUGUAAAUUUAAUGAAAUUUCAUGCGACUGUCAUACAAGUGAGAAGUUUAGCUAGCUAUAAAACCAGGUUUAAUCCACCAUUUUCUACAUAAGGAAAAUUAAUGUCUGUACCAAGUUAGUAAUAUGACAGUUGUUUUCCAAUCGUUUGGUGUGUUUGAGCUUUUGAUUUUGCCACUUGAUAAGAGACUUUCCGAUUUGAACUUUCCCUGGAGUUCGGUAUUUUCGUUAUUUUACUUUUAAGAAAAAUGGCCUCAUGUACGGGGGUCGUUGGUUUAUACACGGCGUGGUCAAAGAAAAGACUUGAGCAUUGGUAGUUGCUGUGUCUUCACUAAGCAGACGGCAUUUAUGAGUAAGAGCAAAUAUUGGUCUGUUCGAAGUCGGUUAUUCUGGUUUUCGUAAAAACAAAAAAUACAAUAUGUUGUUUAGACUAAUUAUUUCGUAUUUUAUUUUAAUGAGCUGGUUCGUGGUAUGUUGCUUAUUCAGAGUACUUAAUUAAAUUAAAAUUUAUUUUUGGUUAAAUAGUCUUUUGAUUUAAAAAAGAAAAUAUUUGCUUUAAUUGCUGCAUAUAUUGAGUUUUUUUUUUAAUAACAGAUUUGUUUAAUGAGGAUUGUUUAGCUCUGAACAUGUAUACCUUCAUAGAAUAAUACAUUUCAAGUAAGUAAAUAUUAUGGUUCUGUUAAUGUACAUGUAAUAUUAAUUUUAAAUCUUACUUUGAAAGUUUGUUUUGUUUCUGCCAUAUAUUCCAAUGUAGAUAAUGAUGUGGAAUUGAUGAUUUUGUUUCGUUUGAUUGUAUUUAAAUGACUCAAUUGUUACCUUUACACAGUCUCAAUAUAUUUAUAUGCUGCUUUGGCAGGAGAGUAGGCCAUAAAAUUUUGUUUAAUACUAAUAAAUAUUUCUAUGCCUUUUUGAUGGUUUCCUUUUAGUAUUAUGCAAAUCAUUAAUGAUUUGGAUAAGAGAAAACUCUAUUUUCCUAGGUUUUGAAUAAAAAACUUUUCAUGUUGUUUUUACAUUUUCUCACCUUCGAAACUUGUCACAUGAUAAAUACAAAUCCAGAUAAAUAACGGAUAUGCCUUCAACUGUUUUGGUUCUUAUACAUCCUUGGCUUUCAAAUAUUUGGCAUUGAGCGUUCCUGAUGAAGGCGAAUUCAGAAAAGCGCUUCGGACGCAUGAAAUUUAUAACGUAUUGUUUCAUUUUUACAGCACUGGGUCGAUACCUCUACUGGUGGACUAUCAGUCCCCAAGGGAAUCAUCAGCUCAGUAGUAGGUUCCUCGGUUCUGACAUGAUUUAUAACAAACCUUUCUAAAAUUGUCCGUUUAUAAAUUUUGAAAUUAUUUAGAAAUUAAGGUUUCAACUCUCUCAGGCAAAGUUGACCUUAGACAUGUGUUAGAUGGAUUUGCCUAUUUUAUGUCCUUUUUUUUUGUCGUAAAGCUCUUCAACUGUUUCUGUUCUUACACAUCCUUGGCUUUCAAAUAUUUGGCAUUGAGCGUUCCUGAUGACGGUAAAUCAAGAAAAGCGCUUCGGACGCAUGAAAUUUAUAACUUGUUGAUUUCAUUUUUUUCUGUAACAAUAAGAUGUAAACUGAGAAAACAGUCGACAAAUAAUCAAAUGUAGGCAUUCGAAUGCAUCUGAAAUCCCCUUCUAGGAAAUCUUCCAAAUUGCAGCAAAAAAAAAAACAAAAAAAAAAACACAUUUCUGUUGUGGAAUCGUAGUGUGUUUUAAGCAUUAUAUCUAUCUAUUGUUUUUCAUUGUUAUAGCAGCAUUUUGAUUAUUUAUCGUUACAUGUUCUUACAACUUUAUAAUAGUUUGUGCUAGAAAAUGUGUUUUAUAUUUCUUUUGUAAAUUGCAAAGUAGGUAUUGUAUAUUUGGGGUGGCUAACACCAAUGGAGAAUCAACUAUGUGCUUUUUAUAUAGUCAUUAUUCUUGAAAUUUAAAAUAAAAUUAUUUACAAACAUUUAUAGUGAUGGUUUAAUUUUUGUAUGCAAUUGAAAUAAAUCAAAUAUGAGCAUUG